AAGACAAACACCAUUGUUGGAGAUCUUAAUCUCCCAACAAAACUAAUUAAACUUAAGGAAACUGUUCGAAGGAGGAGGCGAAGGAUCCAUGAGUCUAACUGACCCAGAAGCUGGUGAUUGUUCUACCAUCCCAGCAUUUCAGGGUCCUAAUGAAGGAGAUGAAACAAUCAUGAGUAUAAAUGAUGAAGAGAAUGUUGUGUCAGAGGGGCAGAGGAAAAAGAAGAAAAAGAAGCAAGUUUCUACUCGUCCUGCGUGUUCAUGGGUUUAUUUUAGCCGGGAGUUUAUCAAGGAAUAUAGUGCUUCUCAUCCUGAAUCCUCAGGCCUUAAAGCUGCCACAAAGGCUGCAUCAGAUGCUUGGAAGUUAAUGAGCACUGAGGAGAAAGAAAAAUAUACUCGACGGGCUCGUGAAGUGUGGGAUAGCUACUUGAGUACAGCUCCAGCCCGCAUCCCUAAGCCCAGGAAGCAGACUAAAUUAGUCACGAGAUGCUCUCCAGGCCGCUUAUUCAAUGUGCUACAGCGGCUCACACCCGAGCAAAAGGCUGCAGUGAAGAGCAUGGGAUUUGGUAGUCUACUUGGUUUGAGAUGUCGCACUCUACGUCGCAGUUUGUGCCUUUGGUUGUUGGAGAGGUUUAACACUGUACGACGCAGCUUGGAGAUAUGUGGGGAGCGCAUUCCUUUAUCCCCAAGAGAUGUAGAGCAUGUGAUGGGACUAGCAGCUUGUGGGAAGGAUGUGGUGAACUCAGGGCCUGAUGACUUGAUUGCAGACUUACGCCAAAGUUAUAGCGCUACUAAUCGUGGGAUAUCAGUGCGACUUCUAGAGGAACGGUUGGCAGCUCCAGAAGCAGGAGAGGAUUUUAGGAGAUCAUUUAUCCUUUAUUCACUGGGUACACUUUUAUCUCCAACAGCAAGACUGGAUGUUAGCCCCUCAUUCCUCCACUUUUUAAUUAAUAUGGAUGUUGUGCACCAGUAUAAUUGGGGAAAGUUCUUGCUUGACCGGCUAGUUCGGGAGGUAUCACGUUUUCGUCAAGGAAAGCAGCGUGCAGUUGGUGGAUGCCUUCUUUUUCUCCAGCUGUUUUAUUAUGAGAGCAUCUCUGUUGAUGGAGCUGGUUCUUCUGCACCUAUGGUUGUUCCUUGCCUAUCUUCAUGGGGGGAGGAAGAGAUCACUGAAAGAGAAAAGCGAGAAAGAGAACUCGGUGGUUAUGGUCGUGGAGAGGUUACUAGCAAGGAUAGUUGUCUUCGUAUGGAAUUGCUAGAAUAUAGAGUCCAAGUGGAAGGCCUGUCAGGAGGCAAAAUGAGCACCAGCAUUGAGCAUAAUCCCAUCUUUGAGCAGGAGGGGAUCCAGGCUGACGAAGAACAAAUGAACAGUGAUUUUAGUAUGGAGGAGGCAAAUGUGGCAAAUUUCCCAAGGAGUAAGAGUAUGAUGUGUGGGGACAUGGAGGUGAUUGUUGAACCGGGUAGAACACCAUGCCGGAACAAAGAAUACGGGUGCAGUGAAACAGUGGAUUACACAAGGAAUGAUGAUCAUGAAGAAAACUGCAUUUUCGCACCAUGUGCAUGCCCGCUUCCAAAUUGCAAUUUCAUUGGGUCAUCCGAACAACUGUCACUACACUUCAGUAGCAAACAUUGGGAUUCCAGAAGGCGUUUUAGGUACAAGAUCCCAUUGCCUGUCACUUUGGGGAUGAACGAGCAGUUCCUUGUUCUCCAAGCCGAGGAGGAUGGCAUUCUCUUCAUCCUCUACAAGGGUGUUGAAAGCAUUGGGAAUAUGGUCAUGAUAACUUGUGUUGCCCCAGGCUCAUCUAAGGAAAAAUUUUUGUAUGAUGUUGUAUCUGGAAAAGGAAUUAGCUCUCUCAGACUUAAAUCAUUGACAGAGAAUUUUCCAGGACGAGUAGAAGGUUUUCCUCCCAUGGAUUUCCUCCUAAUCCCUUUUCGAUUCCUUGGUCCCUCUGGGGAGCUCAAUUUAGAAGUCUGUAUAUGGAACUCUACACAACUUGCUUCAGAAUGCUCUUGAUUUCUUGCUUGUUAAA